AUGAUUCAGCAACGUUUCACAACCACCAUGCAAUAUUGCAAUGUUUCUGCAAUCUUUCUUGUGCUGUAUGGAUUUAUAAGCAAGUCUUCUUCCGCGGACCAUAAAAUUCAAGAAAUUGAUGACAAAGCAAAACAGAUUGCAUCAACAGCGAAGCAUCCAGAAUAUGCUUUGCGUAUUAUGUCAGCGAUAGUGCCAAAUACACAUAAUGUAGUAGAUCAUGCAACUGAGAAGGAAAAAUUAUUAGAAGAUGUAUUAGUGUCUGCAAAAGAAUGUCACAUCAGGUUUGGUGGACGUGCAGAAUUAGCUACAGAAUCAGAAGCAUGUGUUGCAAAGCUCUGCCAUAUAUUUGAACUGAUUUUUAGCCAUGGGUUAAAGACAAAUUAUAUAGAAAAAAUUAAUUCAGCAUUCAGACAUGUAUCUGAUUUGGUUUCUGGUGGUAAUACAAAACCUGGCAAUGCAGCAGAUAUAGCAUUCUGGCCAUGCAUAAAGGAUCAACUUACUUGGCACGAGCAGGAACGUUUUAGUAUGUUGAGAAAAGUUCAUACGGAUUAUGGUCGAGGCAGAGCAUGGCUGAGAGCUGUCUUGAACGAAAGAUCUCUAGAACGGCACUUACAUGCCAUUAUAAAUCCUAGCACAUUGUUACCUUUUUAUGAAGAAUGGGCCUUUUUACUUGAUCAAGAAAAGAGUUCUGUUUUACCUAAUGUAGCUGCAGGUCUUGGUACCAUUUUAUUUGCGAUAAGAACAGACAAUGAGGAACUUGAUGAUCUAAAUGGAAGAGGAAUAGACAGAAAUAGAUACGCGCAAUCAGAACCAAUUAUUUCUACAGUAAUACCGGAAUCGCUUCCGUCUGAACAAGAAAAGCGAAAAAAAAAAGUGCAAACUCGCAUAAUUUCUUUUGAUGAUGAUCAUGAAGAAGAAGAACGCAGGGAAAUUGCAACUUCUAUUAGCGCACCACCAACAUGCCCUAGUUCUCCUACAAUAACGCCAACAAAAGAUUCUACUUCCUCAUGUUUAUCAGAUUGCCAACCUCAAAUGGAUUCUAAUGACAACACAGCGAUCAAUACAAAACUUCCGGACUGGGAACAAUGUGAAUCUUUUGAAGAGGAGAAAAUAUUAACUCCUGUAAUAGAUACUGGAAAUUUGGGCGGCCUUGUACCUGUUUCAUCACUUGAUCAAACAUUAGAUGAUAUGUUAAUUAGUCUGCCAAAUUACUUAGACGAUUCAUCAGAAGUAACAGAACCUGCAUUAGAAGCAACAGAACCAUUAAUUGGUUUAGAUUUUCAUAUAGAUCCAGAAAAUUUAGAUAUAGAUACAUUACGUGUAAGGCUUUUAGCUAUGACGGAAGUGCUGGAACAAGCUAGAGAAGAUUCUAUAACAAGCAGAUUGCAAUUAGCUCGUUUUCAGAGGCAACAUCAACAUUAUUUAGAAAGACAUGAAUUACAGUUGCAAACAUUGAACAGAGAGAAUGAACUCUUACGACAGCAACUGCGUAAGUAUGUCACUGCUGUUCAGAUGUUAAGACGAGAUUCCAAUUCCACAACAGUAUCCGAGGAAGAUCCAUCGUUGGACUAUCACAAUGAAGCGCGACAAUAUGAAGAAAAAUUAAUACAAGUUGCAGAUAUGCAUGCCGAAUUAAUGGAAUUUAAUGCUAGAUUGACAAUGCAAUUGACAAAUAGAGAUAGAUUAGUAAAAAUGCUGCAAACGGAAUUGGAGUGUCUCCGAGGACCGUUAAACGAGGACGAUUUACCUGCAGAACCACCAUGUCUUAUUCACAUAUGGAUUCCAUCGGCUUUUCUUACAGGACAAUCAUCUGACAUCCAUCAUGUUUAUCAAAUUUACGUACGCAUAAGAGACAUAGAGUGGAACAUUUAUCGGCGAUAUGCUCAAUUUUAUGCGCUUUAUAGAGAGCUAAAGAAACAUGAUACUAUUGUUACAACUUUUGAAUUUCCACCAAAAAAAACGAUAGGAAAUAAGGAUGCAAAAUUUGUGGAAGAACGACGGCAAAAGCUGCAGCAAUGGUUACGGCGUGUCGUUGGACGUAUAGCGCAGUGUUCACCUGUAUUUGCGUGUAGGCCAAACAGGCAGACGCUCGUGUCUCUGAUGCCUUUCUUUGGUGAUAUUCCUAAUGCUGAGGAAUCGAGGAAAAAUAAUUCUGCAAGAAAUACUUUUUCUUCCUCCCCUCAAUAUAUGGGUUUAUAAUCAUGACAAUUUUUAUAGCCAAUUUGUACAUAAUGAGAAAGAAAUCUUAAUUUAAUUGCGUCAGACAAGUAUCUUGUUAUAUACAAUGUACACUGUUGAUGAUGAAGCAAAUAAAUAUUGUUGCAUGUAUUUAUGUAAAUAAGAAUAUAUCUAUGCACAUGUGACAAUAUAUGAUGCUCAGCAUGUGUAUGAGAUUAAUAUGUAGCAAAAAAUGAUUAAA